GUGCACUGGAGCAUGUCAUUGAAUCGCCCCCUAAAUUACUUAGAGAUCGGUGUAAGGUCCGGUUGUUUUAACUCAACUGUAAAGUAAGAUGGCUAAUCCUGAAACCAAAAGGAAGUUGGAUCUCAUCCAAAGAAAUUUACAGGAAACACUAGGCGAAGAUCGAUUGACAAAGUUGCUGGAUGAUGGUAAAGAUGUAUCUAUAUACUGGGGUACAGCAACGACUGGUAAACCUCACAUUGCUUACUUUGUACCCAUCAGUAAAGUAGCUGACUUUCUAGAAGCUGGAUGCCAAGUCACAAUACUUUUUGCUGAUCUCCAUGGUUACCUAGAUAACAUGAAAGCACCUUGGAGUCUACUAGAACUGCGUGUGCAAUAUUAUGAAACUGUAAUCAAGGCAAUGCUGCAGUCAAUCGGCGUGCCUUUAGAGAAACUAUGCUUCAUCAAGGGAACAGAAUAUCAGCUCGACAGAAAAUACACUUUGGAUGUUUAUCGAUUGAGCUCCAUUGUAACUGAGCAUGAUGCCAAAAAAGCAGGGGCAGAGGUAGUAAAACAGGUCGACCAUCCUCUUUUGAGUGGGCUACUGUACCCUGGACUGCAGGCCCUAGAUGAGGAGUACCUGAAAGUUGAUGCCCAGUUUGGAGGAGUUGACCAAAGAAAGAUAUUCACUUUUGCAGAAAAAUAUUUGCCAGCACUAGGAUAUAAGAAAAGAAUACAUUUAAUGAACCCAAUGGUACCAGGACUUACUGGAACAAAAAUGAGCUCAUCAGAAGAGGAUUCUAAGAUUGAUCUCUGCGAUAGUGCGGCUUCAGUGAAGAAGAAGUUAAAGAAAGCAUUUUGUGAACCGGGCAACAUUGCAGAGAAUGGCGUCCUAGCCUUCACCAAGCAUGUGUUGUUUCCACUUGCCCGGGGAAAGCCAUUUUUGAUUGAACGCAAAGAGGAGUUUGGAGGAAACAAAUUAUUCAGUGAUUAUGAGACACUUGAAAAAGAAUUUGCAGAAGAGUUGGUUCACCCUGGAGACCUGAAACAGGCAGUAGGACGAGAAAUAAAUAAACUUCUUGAGCCAAUAAGACAACAAUUUGAAAAGCCAGAGUACAAGGAGUUAGCAGCAAAAGCCUAUCCAGUUGAACCAAAAACAAAAGCAAAAAAAGGUGGAAAGUCAGGGGCAAGUGAGGCCAGUGAACAACUGACCCCAGCAAGACUGAACAUUAGGGUGGGCAAGAUCGUCUCCGCUGAAAUGCAUCCUGAUGCAGAGUCCCUGUACCUAGAGAAAAUUGAUGUUGGGGAAGCUGAACCCAGAACUGUGAUAAGUGGCCUGGCUGGAAAGGUACCCCUUGAGCAGUUGAAGGAUAAGAUGGUGGUUGUUUUAUGCAAUUUAAAGCCAGUGAAGAUGAGGGGUAUUGAAUCUCAAGCAAUGUUGCUCUGUGCUGUAAGUGAGGAUGGCGCAAUUGAACCACUCUCGCCUCCAGAGGGCAGCAGUCCUGGAGAAGUAGCUUUAUUUGAAGGGUUCAGUACUGAGCCAGAUGCAGAACUUAAGCCGAAGAAGAAAGUAUUCGAGAAUCUGCAGGUCGACAUGAAGACCUCAAGUACAUGCAUUGCACAGUGGAAAGGGCAUCAACUAGCUACCAAACUUGGACCUAUUACAGCACCCUCUCUAAAAAAUGCCUCAAUAAGAUAAUAGUGUAGUACAGUACUACAAGGUUUUUAAUAUGUAAUGCAAUUAAUUGCCCUACCUGCCAAUGCGGUGUAGUGUUCAGUUAAUGUCAGUAGCGUAUCUACUCAAUGGCCCAGGGGAACACACCCUUAAAAAAUGCUGGUUCCCCUUCCCCAAAUGGAAGUUUGCUGAGCUAAAAAUUACCUCAUAUAUUUCUACAAUGACAUUUAAGCCUGUUCCAUGUUUGUACUCAAAUUUCAAUGGCAAAAGGUACAGUUGAAAUGGGGAGCACUUGCCAAAAAACAAAUUUUCAGCUAAUGCUAUCAAAUUCCACCUAAUUUAUCAUGUCAUUUUGCCUGGUACAACACCACCAAUACUGUACUUAAUACUGUAUUAAUUGCAUUUUCUACACUGAAUUUUUUAGAAAAGACUAGCAAUUGCACUAUACCAUCUGUUUCAGUGAUGGGGAUACAAUCAUUAUCCUAUUUAUUAUGAAUUUUACACUGUGAUGUUAAGUGUUGAAAUGUAUUGGAUACUCCCCAGGUAAUUUGGGAUUUUGAUCGCUGAUUAAGUGAAAAAAAGCUAUCGUAUAAGUUUUUCCACAUAUUGAGCGCUUUGUGACUUCUGUAGAAAGUGCUAUGUAAAUUGAACUACUGUACACUACAUAACAUUACUUUGAAAAGAGGUCUUGGAAUUAGAGGGAUACAGUAUUUGGAUGGUGAACUGUAAUUUCUACUUUGCCAGUGGUGGCAGUGUCAAAUAUCAAACAAAAUGCAUUGUGUACAGUACAAUUUAUAAUAUUAUGUGUAAAAUUCAUAUCAAAUGAAAGAAGAUAAAUAAAAAAGAAAUCUAUGAAUGGGCA